CUAGGGAAUCGGAAGUGAGGUCCAAUGGUUGUCCUCGUUGUUGGCUGGUACCGAGGAACAGCGAGUGGGUGACAGCCUGAGUGGGGGGAAAAGAGGCCGGUGCGGCGGUAGGACGGUUCCUCUGUUCGCUCUCGGGUUCCUUACGCCAUGAGUUCCAUCGGCACUGGGUAUGAUCUGUCUGCUUCCACAUUUUCUCCUGAUGGCAGAGUAUUUCAAGUGGAAUAUGCUAUGAAAGCUGUGGAGAACAGCAGUACAGCAAUUGGGAUACGGUGUAAAGAUGGCGUAGUCUUUGGAGUAGAAAAACUUGUCCUGUCCAAACUGUAUGAAGAAGGUUCCAAUAAGCGGCUCUUUAAUGUAGAUCGUCAUGUUGGAAUGGCAGUAGCAGGGCUCCUGGCUGAUGCACGGUCUUUGGCUGACAUAGCAAGGGAGGAGGCUUCCAACUUUAGAUCCAACUAUGGCUAUAAUAUUCCAUUGAAACAUCUUGCAGACAGAGUGGCUAUGUAUGUACAUGCCUACACAUUAUACAGUGCGGUUAGACCUUUUGGCUGCAGCUUCAUGUUGGGCUCUUACGAUAAUGAUGAUGGUGCCCAGCUGUACAUGAUCGAUCCAUCAGGGGUUUCAUAUGGUUACUGGGGAUCUGCGAUUGGUAAAGCAAGGCAAGCUGCAAAGACAGAGAUCGAAAAGCUUCAGAUGAAAGACAUGACAUGCCGUGAUAUUGUUAAAGAAGUUGCAAAAAUAAUCUACAUAGUCCAUGAUGAAGUAAAAGACAAAGCUUUUGAACUUGAACUCAGCUGGGUUGGAGAAAUAACCAAUGGAAAACAUGAAAUUGUUCCAAAAGACAUUAAGGAAGAGGCAGAGAAGUAUGCUAAGGAGUCUCUGAAAGAAGAGGAUGAAUCUGAUGAUGAAAACAUGUAACACAUUGUUACUCUAAGACAAAUAUUUGAUUCUAUACUGCAGGCCUGUUUGUGUUAAUUGCCAUUAUGUAUGUGCUGGAAUAAUAUUUGGGGUGACCAACUUGCACUAAAAUAAAUCUUUUUUUCCAA